GGGAAUCCGGCUUUUAGGAAGAUUAGUUGUGAAAUUUGCAACGCAAUUCGUAAUAUUUAUAUAAAAUUUUUCGCAAAAUGAAUGAUUCGUUCGGUGAUUUCAAUGCCACUCAAACGGCAACUGGCGGCGCCGCUUCUGAACCAAAGUCAGAGGGAGUUGCAUCUGUGCUAAUAAGGCAGGUCAACGAAUCGCCCGAUUCUAAUUUUUCCAUGUUUGGUCAAACAUUUGGCAUGGUUUGCAUUGUGGGGAUUUUGCGCGACAUAGAGACGUCUUCCACGAAAAUCACGUACUUGGUGGAGGAUCAUACUGGACGCAUUAAUGUACAUUUAUGGCUGGAAGAAGGCGAUGCAUUAAAAGCGCCCGACUUAAUGGUGAACAAUUAUAUGAAAAUAUUUGGUACUGUACGUGGUCAGGGGGGCCAGAAAACUAUAAUGGCAUUUAGCUUGACUCCCGUCACGGAUGCGAAUGAGCUGUCCACUCAUCUGCUGGAGGCGUUGCUUAUGCGCUACAAGAUAGAAGAGUUCAAGGCUAAAGACGAUGGCGGCAUGGGUAUGAGCAGUGGCGUCGGCGGCAUGGGUAUGGGAGUCUCUAGGAUGGAAACAGAUGGCGAUGCUGCAGUAUCAGGACUUGACGAUAAACAGCAGGCUGUCUAUCAAGCCAUUAAGAAAAAUGUUUCCAACGAGGGCAUCAGUCGACGUGAACUGAAGAGCAAAUUCUCGCACAUAAGCGAUACCCAAUUAAAUGAAAUCUUGGAGUUCAUGAUUUCGGAGGGUCACAUUUAUUCCAGCAUUGAUCCCGAUCAUUUUAUAAGCACAAUGUAAAUAAUAUAAGCACAAAAACAACGCAUGAGACGUCAAAACAAUAACAAUAUUGCUGGCCGUUUGCUCACGAAACGUGUGAGUAGCAAGAUCGAAAGUGACGACACGAACUUUGAAGAGAGAUAGCGAAAAAUAGUGCUGGAGAACUGUAAUGCU